AUGCCCCUGGUCAAGAGGAACAUAGAGCCCCGGCACCUCUGCCGCGGGGCGCUGCCCGAGGGGAUUGGCAGUGAGCUGGAGUGUGUCACCAACAACACCCUCUCUGCCAUCAUACGCCAGCUCAGCAGUCUAAGUAAGACAUACCUUCCACACAGUCACAACCCCUCAUCAUAUAUAUUAAGCAGUCACCUAUCACUUAACCAGCCUUAUGCAUGCAUGCUCUAGAAUGGUGGCUUAUACAGCCUCAUCCAUCAGUGUUACACUGGAAAACUGAUCAGCGUAUGCAGAUAAAUUAACUCAGUGCAUUUAAGUGUUUUUAUUGAUUCAAUUCUAUUUGGUAAAAUGCAUCUGAUAUUGACAGAUGUGGUGUGUGUGUGUGUAUGUCUGUGUGUGUGUAUGUGUUUGUGUGCAUGCGCAUGUGUUCGAGUGUGGGGAGGGAGAGAGAGAAUUAGAGGAGGAGAAUUUACCAGACAUCUGGCCUAUAUAUACCCACAUUACAGUGUGUGUGUCUGCAAACUGUUUGUGUGUGUUUGUUUGUGUGGGGUGGGGUUUUAUGAAGUCACUGGAGAUUAGAGCUUAAUGUAGAGCUUAGUGUCACAGAUACAGAUAAAGGAGGGAGGGAGGUAGAGAAAGAGAUAGAGUAUGGAAACAGAUUUCACAAUCACUUGCUCUUGUCUCAGUGUUGUUUGACAUGUGAAAAUCUCAAUCAUUUGGUUGGUUUCCUGGCCCAUCAGACAAGUGCAAAUCUCCAUCACUAAGUUGCUCCUGUCUGUUCAACUUGACCUCAACAAAUCUCGUUGCUCUUUUCUGUGUACUAUGACGUGUACUUCUCCAAUGACCUUGUCUGACCAGUUGGACACAGGUGAAUGUCUGUAUUAAAUGACAUGUUCUCUUUUGUUUUAACAAAAUCUCUAUUUUUGAUGUAAAUUAAAUCUUAUCAAAGUGUCCAGACUUACCCCACACGCAGUGGUGGAAAAAGUAACCAAUUGUCAUACUUGAGUAAAAGUAAAGAUACCUUUUAAUAGAAAAUGUUAAAAGUCACCCAGUAAAAUACUACUUGAGUAAAAAGUAUUUGGUUUUAAAUAUACUUAAGUAUCAAAAGUAAAUGUAAUUGCUAAAAUAUACUUAAGUAUCAAAAGAAAAAGAAGAAAUAAUUUCAAAUUCCUCAUAUUUAGCAAACCAGACGGCCCAAUUUUCUUGUUUUUUAUUUUAUUUAUGGAUAGCCAGGGGCACACUCCAACACUCAGACAUCAUUUACAAACAAAGCAUUUGUGUUUAGUGAGUCCGCCAGAUCAUAAGCAGUAAGGGGGAUGACCAGGGGCGUUCUAUUGAUAAGUGCUUGAAUUUGACAAUUUCCCUGUCCUGCUAAGCAUUCAAAAUGUAACGAGUACUUUUGGGUGUCAGGGAAAAUGUAUGGAGUAAUGAGUACAUUAUUUUCUAUAGGAAUGUAGUAAAGUAAAAGUUGUAAAAAAUAUAAAUAGUAAAGUACAGAUACCCCAAAAAACUACUUAAGCAGUCAUUUAAAGUAUUUUUACUUAAGUACUUUACACCAUUGCCCAACCUAAAAACCCGGAGGCCGGACCCACCAGAUAGCAUAUGAACACGUCAUGAGACAUUACUUUUUUAUUAUUAUUACUACAGUAAAUUAGCUUUAAAACUGCACCAUUUUCUCUCAGCCUCAUGGCAAAAUGUGUAAAAUAGCAUGAGAUUAGCUAUAAAACAGCCAUUUUUGCUCUCUGCCACAUGACCAAAUGUAAAUAAAUAAUUAUACUAAAAAUACAUAGAUAUUUCUCAUAACCAAGUGAAAUCAUAAAAAUAGUGUUUGGACACUUCAUUUACAUCAAAAAUAGAGAUUUGGAAAAAAAAAAGGUGAACUUGUCCUUUAAUGGCUCCUCUCUUUCCUCAUAAUUCAGGUAAACACGCGGAGGACGUCUUUGGAAAGCUUUUUAGUGAGGCUAACACUUUUUAUGUGCGUGCCAACGGUCUCCAAGACCGCAUCGACCGCUUGGCUGUCAAGGUCACCCAGCUGGAUUCCACUGUGGAGGAGGGUCAGUUGGGGUCAGGGAAUAAGAAAAAAAGAAAAUUCUCUCUAAUGUUGAAAGAGAAAAACUCAGUCAUUAGUUCUCCUGCUCGUCUUUGGUUCUGCAUGGUCCAUAAUCUACUUAUUAUAUUCUAUCUCAGUAUCUUCUUAUUGUUCAUCUUCCUAUCAAUCUCACAUUCACUGUAUUGCUUUCCAGUCUCUCUGCAGGACAUCAACAUGUGGAAGGUGUUUAAGAGCGCUACAGUCCAGGACCAGCAGGUGGUGUCCAAGAGCAGCACAUCCAACCCUCUGGGCGAGAUGUACAACACCAGCGACAAGCCUCCUCCUCUCAGCAUCCUCUCUGCUUACAGGUACACUGUACAGAUACAACAACCACCAGACGAGCUUUAACCUGCAGUUGUGACAUAUAGCUAACUAGUCUCUCUUUUGACACAGAGAUGACCACACCGAUGGGAUGAAGUUCUACACGGACCCGUCCUACUUCUUUGACCUGUGGAAGGAGAAGAUGCUGCAGGACACAGAGGACAAGAGGAAGGAGAGAAGAAGACAACGUGUGAGAGACUCUUAAUGUCACACUUUCAAAAAGCCUCAUGUAUUUUGCUUCUUAAUAACAGCUCAUUUCUUUGGAGCAACUUGUGUAUACAAUAUCCUGUAUACCUCCACACCUAUCUGCAAAAUGACCUCUCUCUCUCUCUGGAUCAGAAGCGAUGUGUUGACGAAACACUUCAGCAUGAGGUGAAGAAGGUUCGUAAAGCCCGAAACCGCCAUCAGGAGUGGAACAUGAUUGCGUUCGACAAAGAGCUCCGCCCAGACCACCGCCACCCUCACCCUCUCCACCGGGGGGCGUCGUCUGAUGGCUCCCUCUCCCCAGAGAGCAGGUCAGUGAUUAGGACCAUUGUCGUCUGAAUUAUCUUCCUUCACCAUUUGUUUUGCAGAUGGCAUAUUAACAUGUUUUGUUAGUGUAAAGAGUUAAUCAUAAUGACUUUUUGGUUGUUUAGAUAUGGUCAUGACCUGCCAGACUACCCAACUGCUCCAGGCCUUCCCCAUGCUGCAUCCAACCAUGCGCUGGCUCACCCCUACCCGCCUGCGGACAUUCAUGAGUCUGUAGAGCAUGAGUACCACAGCAUCGGAGUCAGUUACAGAGAAGGGACUCUCAACCGCACACACCACUCCCCACCUCUGCAUCGCUCCACUGAGAGAAUAAAUGGCACUAUGACGCUUCCACCUACAGACUACAGGUACAACUCUCAGUACAAGAAAUCUGGAAUGUAGAUGAUUAACUCUCUGAUUUGUUAAUACCAAUAUGUUGUUAGCUCAAAUUCAAGUUCAGACACUGAAAACCUUCUUUCUGUCUUUCUCUCUCUCUCAGUAUAAUGGAGUACUAUGCCAGUUCCGGACCACUACCCCCUCCCCCAGCCCCUCUUAUCCCAUCCGCACAGACAGCCUUUGGGUCUCCCAUGGUAUCCCCCACCCCCCUUACUGGACCUAGGCCAGGGGCCACAAGCUAUGGUCUCCCACCUCUACCUCCCCGAGGACCUCAUAUGAUUCCACCUCCCCCAGUUCCCCCUCCACCACCAGUACCACCUGCUCCCCCCCAACUGGCAGGACUCAGUGAUGGGAAGAGACAGGACACCCAGCCUCGAAGUGACCUUCUGUCAGCUAUUCGCAUGGGUGAGUUUUGCUGUACUUAGAUGUUUACCAUUCUUCUGGAAAUGGCAGAGGUUUCUUUUUUAUAUACAAAUAAGUAUUUGCACAUGUUUAGACUGUGUGUGAAUGUAUCUGUGUGUGUUUGUGUUCCUCAGGCAUCCAGCUGAAGAAGGGGCAGGAGCAGCAGGAGCAGCAGGCCAAGCGGGAGCCUGUGGGGAACGACGUGGCCACCAUCCUGUCCCGACGCAUCGCAGUGGAGUACAGCGACUCAGAGGAAGACUCCGAACUGGAAGAUAAUGACUGGCCAGACUGA